CAAAACAAAAACUUCGCUUCGGAAGGAUUAGGCGUCGAAAGAAUUAGGAUUCUUUUUUGUUAGUGCAAUGGGCGGGGGAGAUUUGAACACGAAAAAAUCAUGGCAUCCAAAUACGAUGAAAAAUCAAGAACGAGUCUGGAAGGCGGAACAGCAGGAGGCAGCCGAAAAGAAGCGGCUGAAUGAACUGCGUCGUGAAAUUACGGAAGAGCGCAAUCGGGAGGAAUUGAAAAGUAUCGCUAAAAAGUCGGGAGUUAUACCGGACGAUGGUGACGAUAAGAAGCUGGAGUGGAUGUACCGCGGCCCUUCGCAGCUCGUCAACCGGGAAGAGUACCUGCUCGGGCGGACCGUCGACAAAACGUUUGAAGAUCUUGAUGCGCAGGAGAAAGCGGCCACUUCGAACUCGGCAUUCGGUGUAGCUCAACCGAAGAAUCACGUCGAGCACGAGUGCAUUCCCUUUUCUAUCCGCCAGCACAAGGGCGUGCUGAGCAAUGACCAGGUUGAUCUCGCUCGUAAGCUGAUGGAAGAUCCGCUAAUGCUGAUCAAGCAGAAGGAAAUCGAAUCGCGGCAAAAACUUCUGCAAAAUCCGGUCAAACUGAAGGAGUUGCAUCGUUUGCUAAAGAACGAUCGCAGCUUAGGUGGUACCGAUAAGGAACGCAAAACGAAGGAUAAAAAGUCGAAGAAAUACAAGAAAGCCUCCAAGAAGAAGCACAAAAAGCAUAAGAAGGCCAGCGGGUCAAGCGAUUCCGAAAGCGAUAGUGACGGCAGCGUGGACCUGGAUCAGCUGCUGGCGGAGAAGUACAAGAAAGUGCAGCAUUCCAUGGCAGGAGAACAUCAGGAAGGCGUUAGCAUCGACAAACUGUUGACCAUGAAGUAUGAUAAGCUGUCGAGAGAGCUGGAUAAAAUGGGAAGCAGUAAGACGAAAAAGAAGAAAACCCGUCGCGAGCCAAGUCGGGAGUCAUCCGCUGAAUCUGACCGUCGACCCUCAGCACGACAUUCCCGCCGUAACGACGACGAGGAAGAUCGGAACAGAAAUAGCCGUCUUAGCCACAGACGGUCAGACCAAUUCAAAGUAGCCAAAACGGAGCCCUCUAGAAGGCGAAGUAGGUCGAGGAGUGACGAGAGGAGAAGGCAAACCUCUACGGAUCACUCCAAACAUCGUCACUCAGCUCAGCGGCAAAGGUCCUCUCCCUUCCGCAGCAACGAAAGAAUAACUAAAAGCGACAGUCGCCGCUACCGAUCGCGGUCGAGAUCGAUUGAACACAACCGGCCAAAGAACACUAAACGAAGGUCUGCUUCCCGGAGUCCUAAGAGAAAAAGUCCAACCAAGAAGAGCCACGAAGCAUCCACAGUGAAAAGUAGGAAAACUCCUUCAAGCUCAGCAUCGUCGACUUCAAGUUCAUCGGAUGAGUCUACGUCGGCGAAACGCCCGAUCGUCGAUCAAGACUCGGAGGACGAAAAACGGGCAAAGAAAAUAAAAAACUUUGGCCUUGUUACGGCAUCCGGUGAAAAGCUGCACACAAAAGCCACCACGUCCGUACGGCUGUACAAUCGGGAUGAGAUAAAGGCGGAACAAUCCCGCCAGAAACCGUCGUGGAGCAAACCGGCCGAAAGAAAGCGGCCACUGACGGAGGAGGAGAUGGAGGAGAAGCGUCGUGCUAUGCAAGAAAAUGCUCAAUGGCGCGAGGAGGAUCGAUCGAGAAAUGUGAAGCGAUACGAAGCGGAAGAUCAUCGCGAGAACGCAAAGCACGGCAGCAGGGAGUAUGAUAGGGAGUUUCUGACGAAACAGUUCAAACGUGCGGCCGCCAGUGAGACUGUCGAGUCCCGUAUCCGGUCGAAUCGUAACAACAUCCAACGAUCAAACGGUGCCAUGGACAGUAACUUUGCAAAACGCUAAAAUACCGGAAAGUAGUUCUCACAAAGAAGUUGUAAAA